UUAUUUAUUUUAAUGCACAGAAUUCACAGUGUAAGAUAUGCAUUCUCUGGAAAAUCAGCCGUUGAAUUACAAAAUAAUCAGGGUAUUGCUGCUGCACCAUCUCUGACAUCUCUGUAUACAAGGGAAGGAUUUAGUUUUAUUUCAGUGUUCUCGAUGAUGGAUUUGAACACUUUUUACAUUAUUCAUUAUGCUGGCUAUAUGUGAUGGAAAGCUGGGGAAUUUAGACUGCAUUAAAUUUUUUUUGUAUAUUUUAAGGAAGAGUUAAUGUUAAAUCUUACAAGACUUUGAGAAUAUAUAAUGUAUACAGCUGCAGUACAUAAAACCUUGGUUCUGCAGUACCGUUUACUUUGAUAGUUAGGUUUAAAUUUUAAUCAAACUGCUUUUUUAAUGUACAUUACACUUUCUCUUCAGGUAUCACUGCCGAAAAUCUGUCUGUUGCUAGUGCUAUAAAUAAAUUUUAAAAAGAUCCUUUACACAAAAAUUCAGUGAUUUCUAAUGCUUCAAGAUAUUUGAUCACUCUGCAUAUUAUGUUGUAAAUACAAGAUUAUUUUCUUAUACAGGUGUUUUAAGUUAAUUUGAAGUCAUAAAUUAGUUCAUUGAUUUACUUGCAAUUUGGUGUGAAGUUGUACUAUAAAAGCAAGUCUUUUAAUUUUAGGGAGAUAUGUACUCUUUGUGCUAAAUAAACUAUUUGAUUCUUGGAUUCGAAAGCAAAAUUUUUCACUCAACCUUGAGAACAUACAUUUUGAUAAUUAUUAUUGUAAAGCAUAUAACAUAUAAAGCAUUACUGCAUUAGGGUGCUUAGUAAAGAUAGAAAUGAGGUAACUGCUUUGAAAGUUCAUUUAAAAAAAAUGUAACUUUUUGUUCUACUCAGAUUGCUUGAAUUUUUUUUUUUUUUAUGCACAAAUUUUAUAUAAAAUAACUUUAAUAUUAAUAACUUAAAAUAACUUUUUAAUUGUCAUGGCUUCUGGGGUAGGUGUUUCCCCUUUUUGUUAUUUUCAGUGUAUGGAGUACUUAGGUCUGAGGCAGGAAGGCCUUCAGCUAAGUUCACUCUUCAAUGUUAGGCUUAGCGCUAUCAUCCACAUUGUAUGAAACCGAUUUCAUAGGUUCAUAUGAGUUUGGGUAGCUGAACUUUCUGAUCAGAAAGAUUUCUUAAAAAUCCACAACUCUGUUUCUCUGUUUAGAAAUUCUAAGGAGAGAAAAAAAAGCUUUUUUUUUCUUUUUUUUUUCCCCUAAUGAAAUAAAAGAUUGCAGAUUCUUGAUUUAAAGAAUUGAUACCUUCUUGUGGCAGCCUACACCACUUUUCUUACUUUUUUUGGAGGUGUUCUAUGUGAACGCGUAACAAAAAGCUGCUUUGUUGCACGUGGCUAUUCUUUUUAAAGCUUCUUUAAAAGUCUUUUUAAUUUCUAAGACUAACACUUUGCAAAUGAUGCCUUCUUUCCAAUUGAUGCUCAUAAUUAGUUUAAGUCAGGAUAGGAAAAAUAUAUAAAGUCAUGUUAUCAAUUAUAGGUAAAGCAUUUUAAUCUUACCAAGCUUUCUAGGUCUUGAAAAAUGCAGUAUCAUUAUACUGGUAUACCAGUGACACAUGCUGGAGAUGGAAGGGCUUUUCUAGGUCUCUUUUUUUUAUAGCAUUUCUUGGCAAUGAUGUUCCAAGUGUUAAAAUUUCACAAGUAAGGAUGUCCGUGCUGGCUUUAGGGAGCUGCCAGGGCUGGCUGUAAUCUUUGCACCUGAGGUACACACUGAGGUGUGCAGUCAUCUCUUCCCACCCCACCCUUUUUUUUUUCUGUUUAUGGUGAGCCAUAAUGCUUGUGAGAUAUACUAUUUAUAUGGGAAGCAUAUUACAUUUUACAUUUUUGAAGAUGUACAGUGGCUAAGUGUGACCAGUAUAGCAAACUUCACGUACAGCUUGAGGAGUACGAUAAAAACUUCUAAUUGAGUCUGGUUUGUGACUGUUAUACAAGAUACUUGACCUAAAGAGUCCAGGAAAAUUUUCUUCUCCCUCUCUCACAUUGGAUCACUUUGCAGUUGUCUCUUAAUUUUGAAUUUAUUUUUUAAACUUAAUUUAAUUUUUAAUUUAUUAAUUUUAAUGCAUUUUAACAGUUAUUAAGGUUACCAAAUAAGAAUGUGUUCAGCUCUAAUCUAUCAAACUUCUCAUGUGUUUUCAUAUAAAGUUUUAAAUGAUUUUUGAUUUCAGUCUUGAAAUGCAAUGCUUUUUAGUUUCAACUGUAAGAAAAUAUAAGUUUUUGUCUAAAACUGCAAGGAGCCACUGUUGUUAGUAGCAACAUAUUUCGUACAUACUUUGAAGUAAAAGGAACUUCUAACACUGAAGAAAAGAUCCUUUUUCAGUCUAACUUUUAAUUAUUUGGUUUUAUGAUGCAAGCACAUACUUUGAAGAUGUAACAUGAAGUAUUUAAUGUGGUGUACUAAACUAGAAGAAUAUUUAAAUCACAUCAGGAGAUUUUUACUCACUCUUUCUUUAUUAUCCAAUUCAAAUAUUAGAAUAGUGAAAAUUUCAAAUGUCUUUCGCCAUCUUAAUUUUGAAAAGUGUAAUUCUAUGUUAUAGAAUCUAGUCCUUAUCAGAUUUGAAGUAUCAAUAUAAACAAGGGCACCAUGAUCUAAAAAUAUUUCCUUUCAUCCCAUGUUUUCAUCUUGCUGAAUGCAAAUUUGCGAAAAGUUCCACAAUGCUCAGCACACAUAUUGCUCACCAGGAGCUUGUAAUUGUGUAUUAAAAACCCUGCUGGAAUUCCAAACACUGUAAAUGCUGUGUACUUGCUUCUCAUCACCUGAGCUCCGGUUGAUUUUGUUACAGAUGAAUAUAUGCUUCCUUUCUUGGGGUAGCACAUUUUAUUUUUCUUUCCUGUCAUUUAUAUAUUUUACUCACUACCACAUGUAUGACAAUAAAGCAUGAUGCACUAUUUCCUGUGGUAUUUGGGUAUUUGAAAACUAAACAUUUUCAUAUGCUUGGCUUUACUGUAUGUUUUAAGCAGCAUACAGGUUUUGUAGGCCAGAAUCCUUUCUGAAGAUUUCAAGGUAAGUGACUGAAAGACUCCAACAGUGUUUUUAUGGUAGAUGUUUUGUUUUUUCUUCUGUUACGUUUGUUAUGGUUAUCCAUAUCUUUUUCUCUGAAGAGUGUACUGCUCUGAUGUGUUGGAAAGAUCAAGAUCAAGUGAAAGGUAUGUAAUACCUUCUUGAAAAGUGCACUGUGAAAUAAAUUAGGUUUAUCACAUGCAUAACCUGUCAGGUUAUUUUUCUUUUUGCUGAAUUAUGUCAGUUUUAACUCAUGUUCCACCUAGUUCUCUGAACCAAUUUCAUUUAUGUUGGCUAUACCAUAACAGCUGAGUUUUUCUCUUCGAUGUUGGAAAAAUGCUUUCUUAAUUUAUGUAUUUUUGUUUCCCACCUUGUUUCUUAUGGUUAUGCUUUUGGACUGCACUUUCGAUUUUUUUUUUUUUUUUUUCCUGCUCAGGAUGGAAAGGACCACAGCACAGUGAUUUACCACAAGCCUUGUUUGUAGCUGUGCUGAUAACCCAGAUACUUUGGGGUAUACAUUUUUUUCCUUGAUGGGGUAAAAAUGAAAUGGCUCAUUACUACAUACUUUAAUGACUCACACUUGAUGGUAAUAAACAAACAUCCUAUUAUUAUCAUGAUUAGUUCUGAAGUUAGUUUUUAUAAUUAUGAAAUAGUAAUAAAAAACAACAUUACCACUCAGGUGGUUCAAGAAGUACUACUUUCUUUGGGAAGGUGACCACACUGGCAUUUGUGUUCUUUAGGUGGCAGCGUAUGACUUCACUCUUACAGUUAAUACUCCUUGGGAUGACUUUCCAUUGCUACAGCAAUGCUCUGUAUCUGCAACUUCUGUUGGGCCUGUAAAGCACACUGUUGCUCCACGGCCACAGGCAGUGACUGUGGCUGUUCCAGUUUGUAGAGUUAAAGCAGUUGUACUUAAAUCACCACUGGAGUUCUCCUCAAUGAAACUUACAUUUACACAACAUUCAAGUUGUAUACGUUACAAUAGUCCUGAUGAAAGUCUGAAUUCCCAGGAGCUUGACCUGAAGAAUAUCUCAAGGCAGUAUUUGACAUGGAAAUUGAAUUGCGAUGAUGCAGGCAAAAAUAUACAAGACAGUAUUUUCAAAUUUAGCCUGCAUGCUGGAUUUCUUGAUCCAGGACAAAAAAUCAGUAUUACUGUAUUCUUCUGCCCUCCUUGUCCUGGGACAUAUGCAUCUGAAGUGUCAGUGUGUCUAGAUGAUAAUCCAUCACAUUACAAAAUAACCUUGUCUGGUAUUAUGAAGUCACCAAAAAUAAAUUUUGAUCCCCCCUUUUUAAUGCUGAUGCCAGUUCCUCUGGAUGUGAAAACUGAAAGAGCCAUCAAUAUUAUUCCACAAGAUUACUUAAGGUCAUCACGAAUUCAAGUUGAACUUCCCGAACUUGAACUUGACGAUGGUGACAAGAUUUGCCCUUUUUCUGUACGGUUUCCAGAAGGACAAGAUAUAAUUCUUUCAUCAAAUGGCACAAAUAUGAAACUAAAUUGUCAUAUCAGCUUCAGAUCAUCUAAGCCAAUUUCAUCUUUAGGGACCAUAUUCUUCACUGAUGAAGAAGAAAACAGAUUCUCCCUUCAGGUUGCUGCAACAGCAGAGAAUUGCCUUCUUACUUUAUACCCGUAUUUGGCAUUUCACCUCUCUGAUCAACAAGUUACUUUGAUAAGCAACAGUAAAGUCUACAGUAGUGGAGAAGUUAUUCUGCAUCCACAUUAUACUCCACCAUCACUUCCCCAUAGUACUUCCUCAAGUUCCUUUGGUGCAAUCACUGAAUCAACCUAUGAAUAUUCCCAGUCAGAGUUCGACACUACCCUUGAAAGUGAAAGUGAUGAACAGACCAGUGAAGAGAGUAAAGCUGAUAGCCCAAGUGAUGGGAGAGAAAAUAAAUCUGAAUUAUCAUUUUUUCCUGACGAGGACAAAGAACAGUACACCUUCUUUCAGAAAGCUCUAACUGCUGUUCAGAAUUGGUUCACUCUCUUUGGCUGGUCUAAGGGACCAAAUCCUAUUUCAAUACCAUAUUCACUAAGACGCGAUGUCUGUAAAGCCCAGAGGAGUUCUUCUCGAGAAAAUGUUUUUAAACAAAACCUUGGCAAAGAUACUAAGACUGUUUAUGGCAUGCUAUUCCACCUGAGCGGACAGUUGUUACCUGGCUUUACACUGAGCUGGUCACUGCCCCUUGAUCCUGUUGAACAAAUUUUACAGCUCCAUUGGCAGCAUUCUAUGUUCCUUGAUUUCCUUAAAAGACAAGGAGCAUGUCUUCCUCAUGUUAUGCCAGAAUUCCUGCUUGAACCUGGUGAUUAUAAGAGGUGGAUUGAAGUGCAAACUCGGUUGAAGGCCCGCAUGACUGAGUUGAAAAAAGGAGAUGGGAAAAACUCAGAUGUGUUUAGCAACGAACAUCUAUUCAUUCUGGAGGACAGCGUAUUUGAGACAAUUAGCAAACGAGCUUGGACAGAUGUGCUACUGCAAGUAUACAAGGUGUUUGUUCUUCCUCGUGUUUCUUUGCGCAAGACCACCGAUCCGUUCAAUUUGGAAAAUGUGCUGAACAUGCCAAGAAUAAAAUCAGAACCUUUAUCCAGUAACAUAUAUUCUCCGUAUGAACGAAUCAUCCUUACUUGGUUAAAUAAACAUUAUGAGAAGAAUCGAAAAAUUGUGUGGAAAGAUGGUCAAAAAGGUGAAGUACCACCAAUGAGAUGGAUAGUGAAUUUUGACCGAGAUCUUCUAGAUGGUCUGGUAUUGGCAGCACAGCUGGCAGCUUAUUGUCCGUACUUGAUUGCUACUCACUUUGUAAGGAUGUAUACUAAUGCAAAAACUCCUGCACAGUUUCUGCACAACUGUUUGAUACUUGUGAAUGCUAUGCACGCUGUCAAUCUGACUAUAGACAUAAAGGCCACUGACAUCUGUGAUCCAAACCCAGUCAUGAUGCUUAUUCUGUGUGUCUACCUAUAUGAAAGCCUCCCUCACUACUUACCUAAGGAGACUAUAGAAUUUACAGGUGCUCUCCAUGCGACUGUUGUUAAACAGGUGCGUCUGAAAAACCCUAGCAUUAAAACUUUGGUGUAUAACGCUAUUCUUGUGGGAAGAGAUGCUGAUGACUUCUCAUUACCUAAAGGAAACACUAUCGUCAUUUCUUCCAAGAGACAAACAAGUAUAAACGUGGAAUUCACUAGUCGUUUUCUGCGCCCUGCUGAAGCAGUUUUGCUACUGAUCUCUAAGAGAGUGGGUGGAAUAGGUGGUGCUACACUGACGUUCUCUCUGAAAUCUGAAGUCAAGCAUAUUGAGCCUGCUGAUAUAUUAAAAUGCAAAUCCCCAUGUUAUGAGCUGAAGAAAAUUGUCCUAAAUGUUACUAAUCCCUUCAGAACUGAUGGCAUAUUCAGGGUCAUUUUGCUGGAAUCCACAAGUUGCUUAUCUCAGCCAGAACAGAUAUAUCAAGCCAGGCAAGUAAAGCAAGAGCAAACAUUCAGUUCUGAAAAUAAUGUAAUAAAUUGUAAAAACAGUGCACUGCCUAAUGAGCCAAAUGAAGAGAACAACUUUAAUUGCUCUGACCAGUCCAGCCUGCUGCAUGAGUUCUUCAGUCCAAUGGAAAAACUGUUCUUGACAGCGAGAAGUUCUUCAGGCUUAGAGAUUCACUUUCUUCCCUUUAAUCUGGAAAAACGUUACUGCACUGUCAUUCUGGUUAAUGAACUGAUUGGAGAAUUUGUAUACCUGGUAGAAGGAACAGGUGAUAUACCUUUGCCUUCAGGACUGCUUCCAAUGGAUAGUCCAAAUGUUUUACAUAUUAGCAGCACAUUAGAAGGUCCAAGUGCAGCAGAGCCAGUUUUAUAUUUGAAAUGCAGUCUUGAGCAGACUCUUGAAGAAAAUCUCAGGAUUCCAUUGAUCAAUGAAUCAAGAGAAAGGGCUCUGGCUAUUGCUGCACAACAGCAAAUGUCAAAUAUUGAAUAUGAAAGAAGAAAGAUCACAGAGACUCUGGAUAGCAGUAGUGUCCGAGUUGCAACUGCAUUGCUAGGGCUGUCCAGAGUAGAGAGAUGCGAACUCCUAAAACCUCGUAAAUUCCCACCAGAGUUGAAGUAUGUGGAUUACAGUGUACAAGUGAGCAUGCGAGAAUUAUUUGACGUUCCUGAGAAACUCUCUGUUCCAGUGUUGGCAUCUAGCAGAGUUAAUUUGAAAGUUCCUUCAAUAAAAGAUGUUUCACCUGAGAAAAUAGAUGGAAGUGAUGCAGUUGAGCUUCCUAUAAAAUUCAUUCCUCAGUAUGCUGGUUGCUACCGCUGUGAGAUUCUCCUGAAGUCCUCCCGGGAUAUUCGUGUCUAUGUGAUUAAAUGUGUAGUGAAUACAAGCCACGCUGAAGCAGAGAUUGAAUUUCUAACUCCAGCUUACCAGGCAGUGAUUCAGGAUAUUCCAAUUAAUAACAUGUCCAGCCAGGACUGGAAACUUGAAGCAGUUUUGGAAGGACAGGGCUUUCAUGGCCCUCCUCUAAUAAAUGUGGGCAUAGGUGAAACAGCUCUGUAUCCUCUCAUGUUCAAGCCAGUUGCUGAGUGCUUAUCAAUGGGAAGACUUAUUCUGCGAAAUGCUAUGGCUGGCACUGAAAGCGUCUUUAGCCUUAAGGGAAUAGGGAAGAAACCUCUGGCGCAGGAUCAUAUUGUGAUAGAUUGCCAAGUGAGACAUGUUACUCGAAAAGUAUUAUGGGUGCCCAAUUAUACCAAGAACAAGUUAACGUACAAGGUAUCUUCAGAUCUUUCAAUGGUGGGUGGUUCACCAAGUCUUACUGUGGAACCAGGUGACACGGUCGCUUACACUUUGAGUGUAUCUCCAUGGAGACGAGGAAUCUUUCAAGGUGUAAUUUCAUUUGUUGCUGAAGAUGAAGACCAACAGCAGUCUCAGCAUAACAGCUCACCAGAGAAGACAGAUGGUGAACAGGCCCUUCAGAAAUUGUCAACAGAGACACCACAAACUGUUGAUAGAGCAAACACAGGAGGAAGUUCUUCAAACUGCAAAGUGUGGUUUUCCUUAAAGAUUAACAGCAUACCUGCAGCACCUGAAAGAACGAUAGAUGUAAAAUGCAGAGCUCUGAAUACUGUUGGAAUUAAUAUUCCUAUCACGAAUCCUACAGACGAAAUUCUCCAGCUAAGUGUGGUGUUGGAGAAUCAGUCACUUUCUGGACAAAAGUCUUUCACUCUUUCACCUAAACAAACAUUUUUUUAUCAACUAAAGUUUUCUUCAGCUGUUGUUGGCACUUCAGACGAAAGUGUCAUAUUCCUGUCAGACAUGGUUGGAGAGUUUUGGUAUGCACUGAAGCUGACUGUAGAGAAACCAUUGCCGACUAGUCUGCCUGAAAUAGAAUGUGAGCUUGGGAAAUGGGUUCGUCUACACAUUCCUCUUUUUAAUCCUACACAUGAAACUUUGGAAUUAGAAAUUGCUAACAGCAAUCCUAGCAAUUUUUCAACUGAGACUGAUCCAAAACAUCCUCUGAUUGUUGCACCUCAUUCCACCACUGAAGUACCCGUGCAAUUCUGUCCAUCUGUCCUUGGAAAAGGAAAUCACAAGGCAUCGAUAACCUUCAAAUGUUCACAGAUUAUAGAAUGGAUAUUUUACCUGUCGGGGACUGGUCUUCCUCCUCACUUGAUGGAGCCAACUAGCAUGAGUGCAUGCAUUUUCCAGGGUUCUUCUGUCAUCAUAUCCUUCAAAAAUCCAACUCCUGAAAAUGUUCUGGUAGAUGUCAUGCUAACAGAUCAGGAACAGUCCAGUUGUCACCUCAGUGCAUCUGUCCUAACUAAGUUCACCACUAAGGAAUCUGCUUUCCAUCUUCUUCUUAAACAGACACGAGGAAUUCAAUUAGCUCCGAAAGAAAAACUGGACAUCCCAGUGUUAUUCAUGCCAGAUACAAUGAAAAUGUAUGAGACUGCGGUGGUAAUUCAUGUAAUGAGGGAAAAUGGUGAAAACUGGCCUUAUGAGGAUUCUGCUGAAUUAAGUAAAGACUUAAAGAGUAUUAUUGUGUCAGAGGAUGGGGGUAUUCAGGCAAUACUCUGGACCUAUCCAGUUCAUGGAAUACCUGAAGCACCACAGCAGAAAUUAGUGCCAGCUGUUGUAUGUUGUCAAGCCAGGCAGAGAGUAGAAAAAAGAGUAGAAGUGCUGCUAACUGGUGCAGUUCCUGGUGCAACUGCUAUGCCUGCCACAAGAAAUUCUGCAUUGAUCAAUAGACAUAAGCCAGCCAACAUCCAAGAAGAAGUUCAAGUCACUGAUGGUUUCUCUACAACAGUGGAAUUUCUGUAUGAAUUACAAUAUCAGUCAAAAGAAAUUAAAUCUCAGCUUGAAUCUUUAGUUGGUAUGCAUCUGAUUCAAAGAGAACGGGAUCCAGAAUCUGGAAUUAUAACGCUGAUAUUUAAUAUAGUGUUUGCACCUAACAAACCAAUGAGAAAUGAAGGAACUCUAGUAGUACACUGCACUACAGGAGGUAUUUGGAAGUUUCCAAUGCUGUUCAUUGCUACAGAGCCAGAAGUGGAUGAUGUCAUCAACAUUGAAGCAAUUGGCCUAAAUAAGGAAUCUAUUGUUGAUUUUAAGCUUACAAGCCAGACAAGGUACCCUGAGCCAUUCACUGCAUACUUCCUGGCAGGCAGUGAUCCUGACUUUGUUGUACUGCCACAAGCUGGAGAACUUCUUCCAGUGGGCACUGUUGGAACCCAUAUAACAGUGGGAUUCAAGCCAAGAAUGUAUGGCAAGAAGCAUAAAGCAACACUUGUCAUUCAGACUCAAUCAAUGCAGUGGACAUACGAAAUCAAUGGCCUGCCUCCACAGACCACACCACCUACAAGGCCAGCAAAAGUAGUUUCUACUAGCAGUUACAUAAGAUCAGCAACAGUUCGACAGCGCAAUUUCUUACGUGAAAAUCUAAAGCUUACAACCACUGGGGUAUCCUCACCAAUCAAGGGGGCACCUUUAGUCCUGAGGACAAAAUAGAGAAAAGAGAAUGCUGUGUUGUGGAUUUUUAUUUGUUUGUUUUGGGGAGCGUGGGGGGACCACAUGAGGUGGAUAUCUUUGUCAAAUAAACUCUGCAAAUGCAAAGA